GAAAGGGCGUGGGUUCGAACCCCACUUCUGUCAUUUUCCAUUUAGAGUUGAGCAAAUUUCCUUUUCUUUCUUGAACACGUCAACCCCAGUUACACAAGUCGAUACCGGCAUAUAUCAGUGGACAAAUCUAUAGGUAUCUGCCAGUAGCUAAUUCCCAUUCUACGAUCCAGUUGUGGGGAUGUUCGUGGAUAUUCAUAUCAACGGGUAUCUACGUGUCUCUUAUCAGACGGUGUCACAGUGCUCAGUGCAAAGUCCAAACGAGGGACUACAGAAGCGUACCUUCUUCAGUACCCUGGCCUGCUGCGAACGUCGUAGUUUGUAUCGAAUGCAUUGCAACCCUCCUCUGUGCCUUCAAAAUUUUCCUAUAUGGGCACGCGUAUAUUCCUGUCACCACUCACCUUUGUCCGGGACCGAGACAUUAUCCACUACGCUCUUGCAAGCAGGAAAACCUGGUAUGCGAUCUUCUGGGCGCCCUUUCGAGUCUGUGGUACGAACGUGUUUGCAGGCUUUCGGUACCGGUAUCGUGAAUGUGGCCAAGGCGCCGCCUACGAGGAAUCAGCAUCCAGAAGUAAUGGCAGGGAUGCAGGCAGUGGACCGGAUCAACGCAGUCAUGAUGGUAAGAAAGUGUGCGGCUACCCGACUUUUGUCAGGCCACACUUGCACUGAAACCGUGCAAGUCUAUUCAUCUAAAACUACUUUCAUGACAUCAGAGGGGUACUUUAAAAGAAAACGGUCCACAAAUUUUACAACAACGUCGUCGGCAAGAACUUUAACAAGAUUAACAAAAAAGGUAUAAUUGUCCUUUUGAACCUGCAGCAGAUCGAUAUCCUCGUCCAAGAGCAAGGUAAGAGUGGUGGGAAAAGAGGCACUAUACGAAGGCGAGCUGGUCUUUUUAGUGCGCGAGUCGAGAGUAGGAUCGAGGAACACGGCUACGCCAAACUGACAAAUGGUAAGCAACACAAAGAGACCGAAAUUCUACACUCACGGUCUGGUAGAGUUUGUAGAUAUUGUUCCGAUAGGUGACUUCUUUGCGAUGCCGGGUGCGAAAGUUGCGGUGAAUCUCUCGCUGCUUGUCCUUGCUGGCCCUCUUCAGCUUGCUCUUCUCGAGGUCGUUGCAGGCGUCGAUAACGAACGUGUUCUUCUCUUGAGGGGUGAGAUUGUCGUAAUCGAUAGCGAAGCAGAUGGCAACGA